GAUGCUCGCGCAAGGAGGUACGAAGAAAAUCCAAGCGCGAUAAGAUGGCGUCACGCACGUCAGAGAGCUAGGGAAAGAAGUGAGGGGUAGAGGAAAGACAGGAAGGAGGCAGGCACAGGCGAACGUCGCCAGGGGACUGCGGUGUGUGACAGAGAGUGCGAAUACGGUGCUGUCAUGUCUUCUUCGAGCCUUAAGAACGGCUACGAUUCGAUCACGGUGGUGAAACGUUGUGCGUGAUCCCCCAUCGUUCCAGUAACAUCAUCGAUGCCUUUGUUCGGCAAUAAGAACUGUUCUCGUUCGAACGCGUUCGCUUCGAGGAUACGAGGACGGCGGUGGUAGUCGGCUGAGACGUGUUCGAUAAAGAAACAAACGUGCGCGACCGAUUAAUCGGCUGGGAAACUCGAGAGAUAGAAUCUUCCUCUCGGUCCUGGACACGUCGAGGAGGAGGAGGAGGCGGAGGAAGAGACGGAGGCGAACUGCCAAAGAGAUGCGCGAGUUCAAGGUAGUCGUCCUCGGCUCGGGCGGGGUAGGCAAGAGUGCACUCACCGUGCAAUUCGUUUCGGGAUGUUUCAUGGAGAAGUACGAUCCGACGAUCGAGGACUUCUAUCGGAAGGAGAUCGAGGUGGACAACUCGCCGUGCGUACUCGAGAUCCUCGACACCGCUGGCACCGAACAGUUCGCGAGUAUGCGCGAUCUUUACAUAAAGAACGGGCAAGGCUUCGUUGUCGUUUACAGCCUGACGAAUCAUCAGACCUUCCAGGACAUCAAGGCGAUGAAGGAAUUGAUAACGCGCGUAAAAGGCACGGAAAGGGUGCCCGUGUUGCUGGUAGCGAACAAGCUCGACCUGGACCAUCAACGCGAGGUGGAGACCGCGGAGGGUAACAAUUUGGCACAGCUCUGGGGAUGCCCCUUCGUCGAGGCGUCCGCGAAGAACCGCACAAACGUCAACGACGUGUUCGCGGAGAUCGUACGCGAAAUGAACUUCAGCCCCGAGAAAGAGAAGAAGAGCUACUGCUGUUGCAGCGUCCUCUAAUAAUUAAUCAAAAUCCUGAACCAGGCUCGUCUAGAGCCAUGUUAGGUAAAGGAAACCGCUCAACCUCGAGCUCGUGCUGUGAAUUCACCAAUCUGUAAGACUAAUGUUACCCUUUGGAUCGAACCAAUUUGGAUCGAGGAUCUUUGUGAAUUCGACUAUGUCAAAGACUCAACGCCGUCUCUUGGUUCUUUUUCUAUCGGAAAAUCACAGUCUGCUAUUAGGCCGGCUGUUAAAUAUUUUAAUAUACAUGGAUAGUAUUAUAUGUAAUAUUAUUGUAAUAUAUAAUGAUAGAUGUAAGCGGGCAACGAAAGAGGUAACUCCGUCAGCAAAGGACCAAUAAUCGACAGAGAAAGAGCGAGAUAUGAAAGUGAAAAUGGAUUGGUAAACGACACCGAUAUCAUUCCGGGCUACAAUGGAACUGCCCGGCGAUAGUUGUUACUUGUUAACGGCGAAACCAAACUCGAUACGUCUAGCUUUCUGCUCAAUCUAAACGAAGCGCCCAUCGCAUAUUUGUUCCAAUUUAGCGAAACCUGUAUUGCUCAUAGGUUAAACGCUAAUCAAUGGGACAUCCAAACUAUUUGCAGAUAUUGAAGGAAUCACUGUGGUGGCUAGCCAUUCGAUGUAAAGGAAAGAAUUGAAACGACUGAGUAAAUUUUAUUUACGAUGUACAGUCAGAAACUUGAAAGAGGACGUAAGGUCUUAUAUACGCAUUGUGCAAUGAUAUCCAUUAAUGAUAUACUACCCAUGCUCAAACGUCAGAGGCUGCGGUAAAGAAUUCUUCGUAUAAGGGGUUCGAAUGCUGUGUCGAGUGUACAGUUUUAAUAGUAAAAAUACAUUUUAUUAAGGAAAAUAUAGAGUCGCGAAAAUGAUCCACUAAUGGCUAGAAUUUUAUAUUCGGAACCAUGACAUUUAAACGAUCGAGUUCCAUCUGAUUUCGGUACCAUUUAGUUGCAUACCAGGUAUUAUUUAUGUUCUUAUUCGAUUAUAGAUUCAAUUACUUGGAAUGGGAAUUUGAAUAAUGGCACCUGGUGCUUCGAACAGCCAAGAUGUAAUUAAGAGAGAAUUGUCCCAGACAAAUAGAGAAGGAAGAACGUCGAUGGAAAGGAGAUUGCGGUAAUGUUACAGUGGAACAUUAGUACAUAACGUCAAUCGUAAACAUAAUUAUAGGAUUUAUAUGAUAAAGUCUGUACGAUAAAAAAAAAACAAAUACAAAGUCUUUAUACAAUUUCGAUAAGUUUUAUAGCCAAUUUUAAACCAGCAAGAUGAUGAUUCGGCUUUGAAACUUGUUUUUUUUCUCGCAAAGGCUUGCUGGUACUACACUGAUCCCUUCAAUUGCAAAAAAAUACAUAUGUGGUACUUGUAAUAAUAUCCGAUGUAUCCAUUGCUUUAUACGUACAGAGGAAUGUCCUUUCGUAAAAAAAAACUAUUCACCAUUAAGUUUAGCGAAUGUAAACCGAUGGAUGUUUAAAAAAAAAAAAGAAGCAAUGGACUCCCUUAUAAGUAGCAGUAGGUCGUGUGUAAUUUUUCUCGUGUGAUCAAAAUCAUAUUAUCCGAUGUUAAAUACCGCUUUGAUAUCAUAAACAAUCAUUACAUUAGCUUGAUAUAUUAUUUAACGCCACCAUCGAAGUCAUUAAUUUUUCCGUGUAAUCGCUGCACGACGUACCUUAAGCAAAAUAAGGGUUGUUCGCUCGUCUAUCGUUUUCUUUUUUUUAUGAGUUUAACCGAAGGAUAUUAAUCCCGAUUUUUUUUUCUUGAAAAAAAAAAAAAAGAA